UCACACUUUAGGAAAGGCGUGAGAUGGACAGAAAAAAAAGGGGGAAACAAAACACAAAUAAUAUAAUAAGAUGAAAAAAAAGAGUUUAGAGGAGAAUUAUGCAAAUUACGAUCCUUUCUUAUAUUAGUGUUUAUGAAAUAUUGAAAUUGUAGGCAGUUGCACAAGUGUGCGAGUAGCUGUUCCUCAGUGUCUGCUUUACAAGCGUUCUGCCAACUUUUGCAAUGGAAGCAGAGUUGGAUACCGAGCAGCAGCAGAUGAUGGAUGGAAGUUAUUCCCAAACUAUGCGAAUUGAUCCGAAAAGGGCUCGAUUUCCAUGCUCUGUUGUGUGGUCACCACUUCCUGUGAUCUCGUGGUUCAUUCCUUGCAUUGGUCAUAUUGGAAUCUGCAGAGAGGAUGGAGUGAUAUUGGAUUUUGCAGGGCCUAAUUUUGUGUGUGUGGACAAUUUUGCGUUUGGAUCUGCCACUCGCUAUCUUCAAAUUCCCAAAGAAAAGUGUUGCAUCCCUUUAGGCCAGUCUGCGUACAAUGGUGAGGAGCACUACAUGCAGGGUGAAACUAGAGAUGACUUGAGGACUUGGGAUGAUGGACUAAGGAAGAGCACUCAAGAAUUUCAACAUCGAUCUUACAAUCUCUUUACCUGCAACUGCCACUCGUUUGUUGCCAAUAAUUUAAACAGGUUGGGUUUCCUGUCUGGUGGAUGGAAUGUGGUGAACCUUGCAAUUUUCAUUUUAUUCAAUGGACGUUGGGUCAGCAAAGCAUCUAUGCUUCGAUCUAUCUUGCCAUUUGUGGUUGUAUUUUUUCUUGGAGUCACAUUUGGGGGCUUCACUUUCCUAAAGUUUUGGUUCUUCUUCAUUGUCAUUCUUAUUGGGUGGUUCCUUCUUGGUACUUAUUGUUUCAAGAACCUGAUUCAGUUGUAGUGUCUGUUUCUCUCUGUCUACUUUGUAUAAGACUGUAAUACAUCUGAAGUUGGUGAAACAUAAUCAAUUAACCAUAUACACUGUAUUCAGAUAAGUUUUGUUGUCAAAGGCUUGUUGCUUCACUAGGACUUGUUCUUGUGGUAUCAUUUGUUAGAUAAUGUGGCAUGCAGCAGCAUCUUUGGCCCACGUCUCUGUAACAAAUCAAGGUUGGUAUAUAUGGAUUUUGAUUGGG